AUGACCAAGGCGACAGUGUACCACGAUGGACUGGUCGUAUGGCAACCCCCAGCCGUCUACAAAUCCUCCUGUGCCAUCGACGUCGAGUUCUUUCCGUACGACGUGCAGACGUGCGUGUUGAAGCUGGGUAGCUGGACGUACGAUGGUUUCAAGGUCAACAGUUAUUCUUUGUUGGUUGGUCUUGCGCAGUAG